AGUUCCGCGUUCACCAUGUGUUCACUCGAUCAUUCCGCCAUAAUUUUGGGUCAUUCCAUGGAUUAGUAUGCGAGUUGUUCCUGAAGGUUUCUCUCCGUUGUGAGAAUUUCCAAGUUUGGUUCUUUGUAGGGAGCAUUCAAACUAUCAGAUUUUUUUUUUUUUUGGGAAAUUUCAGGGAUGUUGGGAAUGGGAAGUACAGUUUAAGUGUUCUGGGUCUUCUGGGUUAUAGAGGGUUAAGAUUUCCAGCAUUUUAGUAUUCUUUAGAGAUUUGAAAUUUUGUUAUGGACGCGAUAAUAGUUUGAAUUGUGGGCAUAGAGGGUUUUCUAGGUGUUUCUUAUUCAAAUUUAAUUUGGCGAUUUGAAUAUUUUGGAUAUUGGGAACUAUAUUCAGUCAGCAGCAAGUUUGGUUGUGGUUUAGUUGUUGAGUUUGGCAAAAUGAGGAGUAAUGGUGUUGAUCAUCCAGUGAAUGAUUUAGAAGAAGAAAGUGUUAGCAACAGCAGCAGACGGAAGGUGCUUAAGGACUUUGAACAGAGAGAUGAAAUUAAUGAAUCUGUGGUGGUUGAGCAUUCGUCUUCAGGUGAGCAAUCCCACACAGGUUCUUCCAAGGAGGCAGAAAGUCAUGAGGACAAGAAAUCAGGGCAUCAGUCAUCUGUUGUAGAGAUUUCGCAGGCCAAAGACUCGCGUACUUCUUCACCUAUAAGAGGCUUGGAUCAUUGCAUCACUGCACCUAUUGGCUCUUCCAGAAGUCUGCUAGUUGAUGACACUGAAAUUACUUUCUCUAGGUCAAUGACAGAAAAGAGGACAACUCCAAAACAUGAUCUAAAUUUGGACAAACUCUCAGAACGUGAAAAGAAGAAACUAAUUGUAAACCUCAUCAAGAUCCAAAACAACGGGACAGUAGAAGUGGAUCUAGCUAAAAGUUCCACUGUUGCUUCAAAACUGUUAGAACUUCACUCUGUUGAAGAUGCACCUCCCAAUCUUGACGAUUCUUUAUUCAGAGAAACAAACAAGUCAGUUCCUAGGUUGAAAAUUGCCAUACUUGUGGUUGGGACAAGAGGAGAUGUACAGACGUUUCUUGCUAUGGCAAAAAGACUUCAGGAAUUUGGUCAUCAUGUUAGGCUGGCAACUCAUGAGAACUUCCAUGGUUUUGUGAGGUCGGCUGGUGUUGAAUUCUUUCCUUUGGGUGGUGAUCCUCGAGUUUUGGCUGGAUAUAUGGCUAGAAAUAAGGGCUUAAUCCCCUCUGGGCCAGGAGAAAUUUCCUUGCACAGAAAGCAGCUGAAGGCCAUUAUUGAAUCCCUUCAUCCAGCAUGCACAGAGCCAGAUUUGGAAACUGGUAUACAAUUUAGAGCUCAGGCAAUCAUUGCAAACCCACCUGCUUUUGGACAUACCCAUGUUGCUGAAGCACUUGGUGUUCCUAUUCACAUCUUCUUCACAAUGCCUUGGACGCCAACUAAUGAAUUUCCUCACCCUUUGGUACGUGUUCCUCAGAGUGCUGGAAAUUGGCUGUCAUAUAUAGUCGUAGAAUUACUGACCUGGUGGAGCAUGAGGGGAUACAUUAAUGACUUUAGGAAAAGGAAGUUGAAACUUGCUCCAAUUGCAUAUUUCAGCACAUACCGUGGAUCACUGUCUGAUUUGCCAACAGGCUAUAUGUGGAGUUCCCAUCUUGUGCCAAAGCCGAAAGAUUGGUCUCCUUUGGUUGAUGUUGUUGGUUAUUGUUUUCUGAACUUGGGAUCAAAAUAUCAUCCUCGAGAGGAGUUUGUUCAGUGGAUUCAGAAAGGACUCCAACCUAUAUAUAUUGGCUUUGGGAGCAUGCCUCUUGAAGAUCCAAAGAAAACAACGGAUAUCAUAUUGGACGCAUUAAAAGAUACAGAACAAAGAGGAAUAAUUGAUCGAGGUUGGGGGGAUCUGGGGCUCCUUACAGAAGUUCCUGAAAAUGUUUUCCUUCUGGAGGACUGCCCCCAUGAUUGGUUGUUUCCUCAGUGUUCUGCUGUGGUUCAUCAUGGUGGUGCUGGAACUACGGCUACAGGACUUAAAGCUGGGUGUCCAACAACCAUAGUACCCUUCUUUGGAGAUCAGUUCUUUUGGGGUGAUAGAGUACAUCAAAAAGGGCUGGGACCUGAACCCAUACCAAUUUCGCAGCUCAAUGUUGAGAAUCUUUCAAAUGCUAUUAGAUUCAUGCUCCAGCCAGAGGUGAAAUCUCAGGCAAUGGAGUUAGCAAAAUUGAUACAGAAUGAAGAUGGCGUUGCAGCUGCAGUUGAUGCAUUUCACCGGCAUUUACCUUCGGAGCUACCAUUACCUACUGCACCUGCAGAGGAAGUUGACCAUCCAAACCUUUUGCAGUGGUUCUUUGCUCAAAUUGGAGAGUGGUGCUGGACUGUUUGUGGUUUAUGAACUUCGUAGAUUGUUUCAUAGGGUUGUACAGACAAUUUUUUUUUUUAUUUUUUUGUUUUCAUAUUUAUAUUAUUUCCUUGAUGGUUAUUUCAUUCUAUUCAUGGCUUAUUUGAUAUCGAGAAAAAAAUAAUAGCAUUGCAGUGUAGAGGCCCCAGCAUAUGCAACAGUACUAGGCUCUUUUUAUUACAUGUAUAAUAAAAUGUUCUAAAUACUAAAUGAUUUAGGUUGACAAUAACUACUUUGACAUGGU